AUGUUCAUAGGGGAGGGGAAGGGCAAAACUGUGAUUACAGGGAAAAAGAAUGUGAUCGAUGGCAUGACCACAUUCCACUCUGCAUCCUUCGCUGCUAGUGGAGCUGGAUUCAUUGCACGAGACAUCACCUUCGAGAACUAUGCCGGACCGGCGAAGCACCAAGCGGUGGCGCUCCGUGUCGGAGCAGACCACGCGGUGGUGUACCGGUGCAACAUUGUGGGGUACCAAGACUCAUGCUACGUCCACUCUAACCGUCAAUUUUUCCGUGAAUGUGACAUUUACGGUACUGUAGACUUCAUAUUCGGCAAUGCUGCGGUGGUUUUCCAGAAGUGCAACAUUUAUGCUCGCAAGCCCAUGGCCCAGCAGAAGAACACAAUCACGGCCCAAAAUAGGAAAGACCCAAAUCAGAAUACGGGGAUAUCCAUGCAUGAUUGUCGGAUCCAACCCGCCCCAGAUCUUGCCCCUGUUAAGGGCAGCUUCCCCACCUAUUUGGGCCGUCCAUGGAAGCAGUAUUCUAGAACAGUGUAUUUGUUAUCCUACAUGGGUGACCAUAUACAUCCUCGUGGAUGGUUGGAGUGGAAUGGAAACUUUGCUUUGGACACAUUGUAUUAUGGUGAGUACAUGAAUAAUGGGCCCGGUGCAGCAGUGGGCCAACGGGUCAAAUGGCCCGGGUACCGGGUCAUUACAUCUACUGUGGAGGCAAAUCGGUUCACCGUGGCCCAGUUUAUAUCCGGGUCGGCCUGGUUACCGUCCACCGGAGUGGCCUUUGCAGCCGGAUUAUCCACAUGA